ACGCGGAGCUUCAGAAUUCAGUCAGUUGACCGCCGUACGCCAUACCGAACAGGUCUCACCUUGAAGAAAAGAGCCUGAGGGUUGCUGAGCGAACGAGUCUACGAACCCUUACCGAUUUCCCCGUUACCUCGCCGUUUCUUCCGGCACUCCCGGCGUCACUCCCGAAAGAAUGAUUAUCAGCUCGAUUCUCUUUCUCGCGAUCUGGACUAGUUCAUCGUUCGCAGAGGAAUCCGGUGAUGUCGCGUCCGUCAAACGGGCGCCUAUGGGGUUCCAGGGGAUGCGCGGGAAGAAGGAUCCUCUCAUCCUCACGUCUUCGGAACACGAUAACGAACUUUCCAAGAGAACGCUGAUGGACUUUCAGGAUAUGCAUAAGAAGGAUGCGAGCGCGCCCGAAAUCGAGGAUAAUCUGUUGCACGAGGAGUUUGAGAAACGGGCGCCGAUGGGGUUCCAGGGUAUGCGGGGGAAGAAGGAUUACCUGCUGCCCGAUUUCGAAGACGCGUACUUCCGCGACGACUACGAGAAGAGGGCGCCGAUGGGUUUCCAGGGUAUGAGAGGGAAGAAGACUCUGCUGGAGGAGGAAUAUUACAAGAGAGCACCUAUGGGGUUUCAAGGAAUGAGAGGAAAGAAAUCUUUGGAGGAGGUGUUGGGCGAAAUUGAAAAGAGAGCUGCGAUGGGCUUCCAAGGUACGAGAGGGAAGAAGACGUACAUUUUUGAGUAUCCGCAAGGUUACGAGAAGAGACUUCUCGCGAUGGGAUUUCAAGGUAUGCGCGGCAAGAAGGACGAAAUUCCGACAGAGUGGGAGAAGAGGGCUCCCAUGGGAUUCCAGGGGAUGAGAGGCAAGAAAACGUUGCUCGACGAAAUAGAGGAACUCGAGAAACGAGCCAUCAUGGGUUUCCAGGGCACACGAGGUAAAAAGGACGGCUAUGAAAACUACAUAGAUUAUUAUAUGGACCCCAUGGAUUUUGACAAGAGGGCACCGAUGGGAUUCCAAGGGAUGAGGGGCAAGAAAGACUCUGACAAAAGAGCACCUAUGGGUUUCCAAGGCAUGAGAGGCAAAAGGAACAUGGCACAAAGGUUUGGGACCGACGCGGAUUUCGAAACCCGAUCAUCGAUCGAAUAUCAAGGAACGGGCGAUAGAAGAAACGCUCUUGCCUUGUGCCAAGUCGAAAAGCGAUCGCCCUUCCGGUAUUUUGAGAUGCGCGGUAAGAAAAAUCCACGAUGGGAGUUACGGGGGAUGUUUGUGGGGGUGAGAGGCAAAAAGUGGGCGCCAGCCCCGUACGAGGACCGCAGCCCGUUCAUAAGCGUACUCGAUAACACCGGAAGGACCGGCGUGGUGGAUGGAGACUCGUCUGCAGCAUUAGAUUCACAAUAAUGUAGCAGUCCUUAGAGAAACGGUAAUUGUUAACGAAACGUCUCCUCCAAAUAAUUAAACCGAUGUAGCUAAAUCUCUAAAACCGAAGAGAAGAAGACACGUCUGUCAGUCACGAUGACAGGUGCGAAUGCUGUCGUUUGAUUUAUUGAUCCAUUAUUAAUUCAUUAAUUAAACCUUUGUUAAUAUUAUUUCACGUAUCUUACUUAGGUCAACUUGAGUAUUGAUCUAGUCAAUGAAUAUUGCCUCUUUUUAUGUUAAUAUAUUAUAAUUAGCGGGAAUUAACCAAAGAUAUUUUGCGCCGGCUGCGAUCGUACACGCCAGCAAAGUCUUUCAGAAGAUGCCUAUAUCAGUAUUAUCAUUAAUUUGUAUACGUUGUAAAAAUGUAGUAAUCCGUAGCAGCGGUAUAUUCUCGAAUAAAUUUGGAAAAGAUUA